AUGGCAUCGUGGUGUGUACCUCAUGUGAGGAAUACCAUAUGGCAGACUUGUAACUCGACUGCCACAUGGCCAAAUCCACGCCUUGGCUCUGCACUCUCCCCGGGCCCUCGAAGCCCCCCUUUCUGGGGCCCAAGCCAGGCUGCCCACUCCCAAUCUAAAGAAGCAUGGUUUGAUGAUUUGCGUGCAGGACAAUGGAGGAUGAAGAUGAAAAUGAGGUUGACAUCGUAA